CAGAGAGGCAGCUGGAAGUUUCUCCUUACGAACACUGAUUACUGCUGCAUGGCGCAAAAUAUCCCAAAUACUCUACUUCAAAUGCAUGAAGACUGGAUUAAAUUAAGGUUAGGUAGUUUUGGCUAUUUGUAUACUAAAAGUUAUAUUCUUGAGCGCGCAUAGAUGUGGUCACUACACCAAUUAAUGUGCAAAUUCUCUGUAUCUUAUGCAACUUUUACGCACCGUUUUGACGCACGGAACCAAUACAUAUGACACACUGACCCAGAUCAAUGUUAAUAAAGUACUGUCAACAUAGAGAAAACAGUUUCUUUUUCUUAUAGUCGAGCUUGUCUUUUCUGUGUUUACACUCGGCAGCCCAAUUUCUCCCUCCACUUUGUACUCUAGCAUGCUGCAGGACUGCUAGUAUUGUUGGGCAGCGUGAUUGGGGUUUUUGUACAAUCUCCCGUGACCAAUGAGCGGGGUGCUGUCAGGGGUAACCACAUCUGUCAACCGUUCUUGGCCAAUAAAGAGCGGAGCGAGGCGGACCACAGGUGCGCGCCUCUGCGUCCCCUUGGCACAGCGCCCGGGAGAUGCUGGAGAGAGACGCCUAGCUGCCCCGUGGCGCAAAAGAGUUACUGUCAAAGGCAGCCUCCUUUUAACUCCAGCUAUCACUCUGGCUCCGAUAGUUAUGGCGACCGCAACGUCCAACCACUACAGCGUCCUCACCACCCCCAGCAGCGCGCCGCCGCCGCACUCGGAGUCCGGGAGCAUGCAGCAGGCGGCAGCGUACAGGGACGCGCACACCCUGCUCCAGAACGACUAUAGCACGUUACCGGGCGGUGGACAUCCGCUCAGCCACGCGCACCAGUGGAUAACGGCGCUUUCUCACGGUGACGGCGGGGCGCCCUGGCCAUCUAGUCCCCUCGGAGAACAGGACGUGAAGCCCGUACUGCACGACAGUGACCGAGAGGAGCUGCAAAACUCCAGCAGUCUGCAGCAACAGCAGCAACAGCGACACCCUCACCUAGCGCACCAGCAGGCGCAUCACGACGCCAGAGCAUGGCGAACCAGCACAGCCACCACGCACAUCCCCGGUAUGGCGACAUCUGAGGGCCAGAGCCUGGUGUAUUCCCAGUCCGGCUUCGGUCUGAUGCCGGGGGGAGAGCAAGGGGGGAUGCACCACCACCCCCUGCGGGAUGAGGACCACCACAGCCACAGCCCACACCUCAGUGAACACGGAGGCGGCCCUGGGGCCCACCAGCAGUCUCUCUCACACCAUCACCAGCACGGGGGCCAUCAGGACCAGUCAGACGAGGACACACCGACCUCCGACGAGUUGGAGCAGUUUGCCAAGCAGUUCAAACAGCGGCGUAUCAAGCUGGGCUUCACCCAGGCGGAUGUGGGACUAGCUCUUGGGACGCUGUAUGGAAACGUCUUUUCUCAGACCACCAUUUGCAGGUUCGAGGCUCUUCAACUCAGCUUCAAAAACAUGUGUAAACUCAAGCCCUUGUUGAACAAGUGGCUGGAGGAGGCGGACUCCACCUCGGGGAGCCCCACUAGCCUGGAUAAAAUCGCGGCACAGGGAAGGAAAAGGAAAAAGAGGACCUCCAUCGAGGUGGGCGUCAAAGGGGCUCUGGAGAGCCAUUUUCUCAAAUGUCCAAAACCAGGAGCAGCGGAGAUCAACUCCCUAGCGGACAGCCUGCAGCUGGAGAAGGAGGUGGUGAGGGUUUGGUUUUGUAACAGGCGGCAGAAGGAGAAGAGGAUGACACCCGUUGGGGGACAGAUACCAGGAGGAGAGGACAUGUACGGGGACACCCCUCCUCAUCACGGAGGACAGACUCCUGUGCAGUGACCCCAGUCCGUCAUCCUGAGCAAAACACGAACCCCUUAAGGAGGAAUAAUGCCUCCUCAUAUGUUUGAUUCUCUGUGCUGGACCGCUCGGAACUGGACCUCAGCCAGUCUAAAUGUUGGACCCACGGACACACACAGUGGGGAUAUACAGUGGCACUCAAGCACUAAAAAUACGCAUAAUAAAGAGCUGGAUGGGGAGGUUUCAUGUCGCGGAACUGCCAAGCAUAUUGGGAUACGGCUGGUGUGUGCUAACCAAAAAAAACCCCAGCGACAUUGAUAAGAAAUGCUUUUCUAUACCUUCUACCGAGGCGCCAAUGUGUCAUUAUGUAAUGUGUCAUUAAAGAAAGGCAGAGUGUGAUGUGGACACGAGGUGUCCGCAGGGGGAAAAAUAUAAAAACAAGCUUCGGGCUCGAUGAGAAGUCGCAGUCAGUGUGGGUAAAUAAACGCCAUCUUUCCAUCAUAACAAAAGCAACAGGGGUUCUUCGCAGCUUGUGGCAAGAGAGGGCUGAAAUGGCAGACACCUGCUGUACAAUGUUAAAAAAUCAAGCCAAUACCAGCCAACUGCUUUUAUUAUUAUUAUUAUUAUUAUUAUUAUUAUUAUUAUUAUUAUUAUUAUUAUUAUACAAUUCUGAUGAUUAAUCUAAAUUUAAUGUAUUAUUUAGUAUUGAUUGUAGUGUCAGCUGCAUCCAUCAUUUAUUUAAAUUUUAAUUUCCCUCCCUUGCUUUAAAAUGUCGGAAUUUAGUUCGUAAUGAACAGCUAAAUAAUAAUAAUAUUAAUAAUAAUAAUAAUAAUGUUUCCAUAGAGACUGAGUAUUGGUUCACUCUAAUGCUUUUCUUUCUGUGCAGACAUCUCUGUGCGCCUGUUUACAGUGUGUUUUUGCUGUUUGUUAUUUCUGUACUUUUCCAAAAUGCUGUGAUGAGAAAGACCGAGACUGUCCGGCUGGAACACUCAAAGCAAUCCAGCCCCUUUUGCCUUCCUUUCCUAAGAAGAAGAAAAAAAAAACAACUAUAAAAAACUGAAUAUAUCCUACCAGCUCUGGCCGCAGUGGCUCUACUACUACUGUGUGACUCAUUCAUUCACCGAGAAGACUAUUUGUGGGAUGUAUCUCAAUUCGUUUUUGUAUGGCUCCGUUUGUUUGUAUGUUUGUUUGUUUGUUUGUUCAGUUUUUCUCUGUCGGUCUGUGCCAAAGCACAAACACAGACACGCGCUCUUGUGCCACUUAAAUCCUGUGAUUAAUAACCUGAUAUGAUGGUGGAAGGUUACUGAGGGAAAUCCACGACGACUAGUUGGAGAUUCAUUCUCUGACUAAAAUCUAAAGAAAUUAUAGAAAUUCAGAAACUCAAAUCCAACUGAAGGAUGUAGAUGAGUGGAGAGAAAAUAUAAUAUUUGAAUAGAUCCAUAAUAUGAAUUUUAGGCAUUUUCCAUGAGACGUUUUGCAUUUCAAAAACUUUCUGAAUGUAUUAGGCCCAGUUAACAAUGUCACACUAUAAUGAAACGCUGCCCUUUUUUUAUUCUUUAAAUCAGUAAAAAUUGAGCAUAGCAAUAUUGUAGGUAAUGUUCUGGGUAUUUUCCUUAUUUAAGGGUUUAUUACAUAAUAAAUAAGUCCCAAUGUUUCUGUAAUUCUGACUCCAUCACAAGUAAUCCUUCAGCUGAAUUUGAGUUUUUGAGGUGGAAAAAAAAUCUACAAAACCAAAACAAAAUUGCAUUGACCUGAAAUCUGUGAUCAAACGAAGAGGGAAAAGAAAUCAACGAUUGCACAAUUUCUAUAUUGCUUUUUGUCAUUAAAUCGUAUUUGUUUUCUACAA